GGGCCCGCAGUCCCGCUGCGCGUCGCCCGGCGGGCCGCAGCGGAGCCCCUCCAUAGGCAGCCGGCCCGGCUCACGCUGCGCGUCGCCGCGGGUGGGCGCCGCCUCGCCCCGCGUGCACCUCGGCUUCGGCGUGCCAGGCCCCGGCGGCGGCGGAGGCGGCGGUGCCGGCUCGCGGGCAGCCUCCCCGCUGCAUCGGCGCACGCCCAGCAUGCAGAGGAGCCCGUCGGUCGACAACGCGGCCCAGCCCCCCCCGCCCACGUUGUACAGAAAGGGCGACCUUGUAGAGUAUUUGUCGACGUCUCACAAGGAGUGGCUUCCAGCGGUUGUCCACCAGGUCGACGCGGCGGGUCGAAUUAUCAUAGACCUGAAGCCGACUACGUGGCUCUCCAAGGAGGAGCAAGCGGCCAAGAUCCGGCCCCGGAGGGGCGGCGUGGCCCCGAGCCCCCGGCCGUCCUCCCGCGGGCCCGCGUCGCGCCCGGGCUCGGGCAGCGGCGGCGGCGGCGCAGUGCGCCGCAACCACUCCUUCGGCGCCAUCGGCACCCCGCAGCGGGCGCCGUCGCCGCGGCGCGCGUUCAGCCGGGACCCCCUGCCAGGCCGAGGAGGGGACUUCCCAUCGA